AUGGAAUCUGAUGAUGGCGAUCCCCUCGACUGGACAGUUGACGAAGUAGUAGCCUUCCUCUGCCAUAAUCCUGAGACACCGUGGUCGCAGUCUGCGUCGCAGGCCCCUCGGCCAAACCCUGUCCAAUUCGAAGCCGCUCUUCGAGAAAAUUUGAUAACCGGGGAGGUGCUGUUGCAUGAUGUCGACAAGGAAACUCUACGGGAAGAGCUUGGACUCAAAGCUAUCGGUCAUCGUAGCUCUAUGCUUAUGGCAAUACGCUACCUUCAGCGACGUUCUCAGAAAUACCAGCGUUCGAGGGUGGAGUUUGCUUCGCAACUUGAUGAUCGCCGGUAUUCAGUUACCCCAAGUCACUUAACAGCUGUUAUUCCAGGCUCUUUCGAAGAAUUCUCGUCACCGAUUCAUCAGAACUCCGUGCUGCCAGCAGCGACUCCUCAGAGCCUGAUACAGCGCCCUUGUUGGAUGACCCCCUCAGCAUCUACAGUUCCCCAAAAUAAAAGGUCCUUUCCACCGGAUGCUGCGACUUCUAGUGAUCUGAGGGGCGACGAGUCUGCUACAACGACCGCUACUGCUAAAGCUAGUGGAAGUGCAACCACUACCAGCGAGAGACCUCCAAGCUUCGCCCCACCUGCGGGACAACGUAAAGAUCCAUCCAACCCUGGCGACCGCGUACGUGCUUAUGAACACAUCGUGGUUGAUGCUGAAGGAAAGAAGCGACGCCGGCUGGAUUUGAGCUCUCUGCCCGAAUCACAAAAGAACCCUCAUGGCUUAAAGUCCUCGAGCUCUCCGCAAGACAAGGACUGGUACAUGGGACCAGAUCGGAUUCUGCCUUCGCAAUUAUUCUAUCCGUCUACCUCUGAUGAGGAGGAUCAUUCGUUCGUAAUGCUUGGUCCUCAGAAUUUGCCUACCGCUCAGCGCCACUUCGUGAGAAAGUGCAUGAACUAUUUCUUCAGACAGCAACCCAUGCAGUUGAGUUCUGAUAAUGAAAGUAGUCAGAUGGCUCUGAUCCCAUAUGAUUACUCAAAGGUGAGCGAGCACGACAAGAAAUUCUUCACGUUGUACACUGCCACAAGUGGAAAUGUGUCAGUUACACAAGAGGACAUAAAGAAAUGGCCCCAGUUAGAACAAGCAAGGGCUGCCGGCUCGCGACUGUCGCAAACACUGGAGCCAUCCGACCCUUAUUCAUACCUCCUUCAGAAAUACCCUGCUGCGGAAGACAAUCAAGACGUCUGCCCCUUAUACGGUGACUCGGGUUCAGAAGGAGAGUAUGAUGAAGAAACUUGGCAGGAGAUUGCUAAUGAACGCGAUGAUACUGCUCAAAGUAAACCGGCAAAGCUGACUCCCACUGAGGUUGACUCAGUGAUCGAAGAUUAUAUGGCUGAGUUUGUGAAUCGGUGGCGCCAGAAUGGCUUACCGAAGGAGAAGUAUAAGGCCCGGAAGCUUUGGGUCACAGCUCGAAGGGCCAAGUGUACUUACCAAAAAGUCAAGGCUAUUAAUCGCGACAUCGCCUUGCUAGAGAAACGGUUGGGUAAAGUGCUCGAAGCAAUACGCGGAAGUGAAUAUGCCUCAACGUCGGAGGUACAAACACAAUGUCAAAGCAUGGAGCAGACUGUUAUCGAUAUACAGAAGCAAAAGUGGCGUAUCUCGGUCUUGGAGGAAGAGAAGUGUCCGCCAAAGGUUGCUUCUGCCCCCAAAACAAAGCCAUUGCCAAAACCAAAGAUUAGCGCCGCGGACGAGGAGUCUCUUCACUCCGAAUCCGAUGUUACUUCUGACUUCCAGGAUGACUUCAUUGACGACUCCGAGGCUAAGGAAGGGAUCUCGUCUGUUCAGAACUUUGAAAACGUGGACAGCGUCGACAGAAGGCAAACACCGGCGUCGACGCCCUCAACGUCCGAAAGCGAUGAUGACAUUAUCAGUCCUUCGGGAAUCAGACGUAAAUCAAGGGCCAAGAGGUCGCCUUUCAUGGCAACCAGCUCACCCUCUCCUGACCCUUCCGGGAACGCGCAACAGGCAGAGAUUAUUGACCUCACAAUGGACUCUCCUGCGGCUUCAGCAGACGAAUUCAGGAUCGAAACGCCGCCACUCAAUCCUGCGCGACCACCCAGGCGGACAGAAUCGGACGACGUUAGCUUGAAGAUCGAAAGAAGUCCUUCAAUAUCUCCUACUCCCCAACUCAGCUCCAAUGUAGUCGUCGAGAUUCCGAAGCGAAGACCCGACAUCAUCAACCGGAAAGCUGAAGGGUCGAAAUCGACGCGCAAGUUCAACACACCAGAUCUGCCUGACCACAAUGAUUUUGAUGGUCUCCUGUCGUACCCUUGGGACCUUCUCGAGGAACGCCACGAUCGCCGUAGAUUGCUUGCAAAGUUAAUUGCAACCAUGCCUGACUCCGAGCGUGAAGAGAUGGCUUCAUUAAUACCUCAAUACGAAUAUGAUGAGUUGAAGGACAUUGUCAAACAGGCUCUCGGAGUUCUUUUGAAAGGCCAGGAGGAGAUGCCCGAACUCGAUAGUGAAAAGAGCCGGCUGUUAAUGCGGACCGCCUCACAAUUCGUGUCAUGGGUGAACUGCAUGUACAUGGAAAAAGCGAUCAGCAGGAAGCGUAUCCGCAAGGCACAGGAAGAAAUUGCUGACUUCAGAGUCUUCCACAAAGAGCUUUGCAAGGGACUAGGACUUUGCAAAGGUCGGAAGUUCGAUAGAGAACCAAGUGAAAAGAGUAUUCGCACCUCAAGCGAGCAUGUCGAUGAGUCGGAGGGAGAAAAGUCUGAACGUGUCAAUGCGCCUCACAGGAAGCGGAAAAAGGAAGUCAAAGAAAGUCAAGAUGCCAAACGAAAUCAAGCAAGUGCACAGCAGCGUGUAGCACGACAGGAAAAAGAGCGAAGAAGGCUUGAACACAAGAUGAAGCUUAUGGGUGUGAGCAACACCGAUCCUACUCGUCAAGCAGUGAGCUUUGGAGACCCAACCAUCUACUUGGAUCCGCAUAUUGGUCAACGCGUAAAGCCGCAUCAACUGAAUGGUAUUCAGUUUAUGUGGCGAGAGCUGAUACAGGACGAGAAGCAACAAGGCUGUCUACUGGCCCACACGAUGGGGUUGGGGAAGACAAUGCAGGUCAUCUCGCUACUCAAUACUAUCUCUGCUGCAGCUGCUUCCAAUGAUCCGAAGAUUAGCGAGCAGGUCCCCGAACGCUUCCACCGAUCACAAACGUUGAUUCUUUGUCCUUCCUCACUGAUCGAUAAUUGGUACGAGGAGUUCCUCAUGUGGACUCCUGAAGAGUCACGCAUUGGCCCUCUGAGAAAAGUUACGGCUUCGAUGAUAGCGGUUUCUGAGAGGUUGCGAGAAGUGUCUGAUUGGGAUAAAGAAGGUGGAAUUCUCAUCAUGAGCUACGACAUAUUCCGCAAGUGGAUACACAAUAAAGAGACGAAAAAGAUGCAGAAGCCCCUACGGGAUGAUGAACAUGCAAAUGUGAGGAAAUGGCUUCUGGAGGGUCCAAACAUUAUUGUCGCCGACGAAGCUCAUAAAAUGAAGAAUUCUACUUCGGGAAUAUCUCGAGCGGCUGUGCAGUUCCGUUCUAAGAGUCGUAUCGCCCUGACUGGUUCUCCCCUUGCUAACAACUUGACUGACUACUUCACCAUGGUGGAUUGGAUUGCUAAAGGCUAUCUUGGGGAAUUUCCUGAAUUCAAGGCAAACUAUGUGGAGCCUAUCGAGGAAGGUCUUUACGUGGACAGCACACACUAUGAGAGAAGAAGGUCGCUCAAGAAGCUUCAGGUUCUCAAGGAGAUUCUUGAACCGAAAGUGAACCGUGCCGCUAUCACCGUGCUGGAGGGUGAUAUGCCGCCAAAGGUCGAAUUUGUCAUCACUGUUCCCCUAACCGAACUGCAACGGGCAGCGUAUGAUUCAUACGUCGAUUCUGUAGUACAGGGGAAGACUGAAGUUGGAACUGCCAAGCUUUGGACGUGGAUGGCAAUCCUUGGGCUGUGCAAUAAUCAUCCAGCUUGCUUCAGGGACAAACUUCUCAGCCGCGCUAAUGAGGCUCAAAGGGCAGGAUCAAGUAUGGAUGAGAUGCUACCGGGUGAUGAACCUAUAACCCAAGCAGGCAUUCCUGAUUCCGAGAAGCUGGUUUCUGAGCAAGAGCGGCUAUUCGCCAAUGUGCCGGACAUGAACGCGCUGAAUCUGUCGUAUCGGGCACAGCUUCUCGACAGGAUCAUCAGCGAGUCAAUCAAGGCCGGUGACAAGGUGUUGGUGUUCUCUCACAGCAUACCGACUCUCAAUUAUGUUGAACACGUCCUCAAGGUCUCCAAACGUAGCUAUCGCCGUCUAGACGGGAAGACCCCCAUCAGCACUCGACAAGCGGCGACCAAGAGUUUUAAUAUCGAUUCUGAGGAGAAAGUGUACCUCAUCUCAACCCGAGCGGGUGGAUUGGGCUUGAAUAUUCCGGGUGCGAAUCGCGUCGUGAUAUUCGACUUCUCGUUCAAUCCCAUCUGGGAAGAACAGGCUGUCGGGCGUGCAUAUCGUCUUGGCCAACAAAAACCGGUAUUCGUUUACCGCUUCAUUGCUGGAGGAACCUUCGAGGAGAUUAUCUACAACAAGGCCAUCUUUAAGACACAGCUCGCCGUCCGGGUUGUGGACAAGAAGAACCCAAUUCGCUGGGCGUCUAAGAAGCUCAAUGAGUAUCUCUUCCCCGCUAAAAUGGUAAAGCAGCAUGACAUUUCCGAAUUUGUGGGGAAAGAUCCUCAUGUGCUGGACAAAAUAAUCAACGAAGACAACGGCGAGGAACGAGCAAUCCGGAAGAUCGCUCUCACCGAGACCUUCCAGAGAGAAGACAACGACAAGCUCACAGAAGAGGAAAGGAAGGACGUCCAGCAAGAGCUCGAUGAGGAACGGCUUAGGCGUACUGAUCCCCAGGCAUACCAGCGGCUGAUAUUUGAGAGACAGAGGAGGGAGGAGCUCGUGAGAGAUGCGGCGAGACGCAGAGAGGCGGAGAGAUUAGCAACCAUGGUGCCCAUGUCUCAGCCUCAAGGGCAAAGCUGGCCUGGCAGACCCAUCCUACCAAUUCACUACGCGGCCGCGCAGCAAGCCCGUGUUCCAUCAUCCCAAGUGCCUUUGCCAUCUACAGCUCCCGCUAGGUCCCAUGAAUGUGGGGACCGUGUUCAUACUUAUGAUGAUGGCCCAUUCGCUCCUGCACAUAACAGGCCCAUUUUGCCACGCUCUCAGUCCAUGUCGAAUGCAGAGCUGGCCGUGUCUCAAAAUGGGGCAGUUGACGGCAAUCAGCCUGCGUAUCGGGCUCAGACCGGGCCGCCGCAGCACGACGGCAUGGUCCCUUCCGCUCUCUCAGAACCGUCUUCGCCGUAUUCGCCGUCCUCGGACCCACCAUUACUCAUAGAAAGCCGCAGUGCGAGCGCUGAGCCGGAGCCCAUGCACUUACCUGACGGGGGCAGCUCGCAACCUACACAGUCCAAGGACGGCAAGAAGGACGGAGGAAGCUCCUGCAAGACGCAGUAG